GGGCCGUCCUGACUAGAAUUCCUGAAAUUGCGUAUGUCAGCACAUUUAGAUUUCCUUCAAAAUUCCUCAGUAAACCAAGAUGUUGACUUGUAUGACACUAACCAACAGUUAUCUGAGUCGUGUGCUCACAGUUCAGAAAGCGAAGUGUUGAGUUUUGAUCAUUAUGAAGCUGCAGGAACCUCUGAUGUAGGUUUUGAGGAAGCCCAAAAUCCAUGUCUGGACAGAGAUUGUUAUUCCUCUCCGCUUUCUGAUAGCUCAGAAAGCAACGGCGAUAUUAAUGUAUAUGAAACUGAUACUCAUGACAGUGUUGCAGAGCAGUUGUGUCCCAAACUUGCAGAAUGGGCAGUUAGCAUCAAAUUCCACAAACUGCAUUAAGCAGCCUUCUUUCUGUACUAAAAAAUUAUCAUCCAGACAUCCCAACGGAUGCCAGAACUUUGCUUAAAACACCAAGCCAGUGUAAUGUUAAGGAGAUAUCCGGAGGCUCGUACCAUCAUUUUGGUGUUGAAAAAUCUCUUGUAAGGAUUUUAUCCACUACAGAAAGUGUGGAUACCCUGAAAGAUUGUACAUUUAUUUCAUUCCAAGUAAAUAUUGAUGGACUUCCCUUGUUCAAAAGUUCAAACAUACAAUUCUGGCCAAUUUUAGCAAGAAUUAAUAACCCACUUCUGAGUAGCCCUUUCAUUAUUGGAUUGUUUUGUGGGAAUCGCAAACCAGAAAACAUUGUUGAAUUUUUGAAAGACUUCGUUUCAGAAAUGAAAGUGAUUGAUGAGCAAGGGAUAGAAAUAGAAGGACUGGAAAAGAAGCUGGGAGUUAAUAUAGCCUGCUUUAUUUGUGAUGCCCCUGCUAGGUCAUUUGUUAAGCAAAUUAAAGGACAUAAUUCAUAUUAUGGCUGUGAAAAGUGCAAACAGAAAGGAUCUUGAAUGGGAAGAAUAGUUUUUCUUUCACUUAAUGCACCCACUCGGACUGAUGACGACUUUGAUACCAUGAUCCAAGAAGAGCACCACGAUGCUAGUCACCAUUAAUAGAUCUUGGAAUUAAAAUGAUUAGCCAGUUUCCAUAUGAUUAUAUGCACCUUGUUUGUCUUGGGGUUACAAGAAAAUUACUUGGGCUUUGGAUUAAGGAACCUGUACAAAAUAGGUGCAGAGUUGGAAGAAAUGUAAUUAAUAGUAUAUCAGAAGAUUUGCUGAAAUACUGGAAAUUUCUACCAUUUGAGUUUACAAGAAAAUAUAGAUCACUUGCAGAAAUGGAUAGAUGGAAAGCAACUGAAUUCCGACAAUUUCUGUUGUACAGUGGGCCAGUGGUCUUGAAAAACAAGUUACCUGCAGACAAAUAUGAAAAUUUCUUAGAUAUCUCUGUUGCAAUAUAUUGCCUAUCAAUCCCCUUUUACAGUACCACACAUUGCCAAUAUGCUCAUGAGUUACUGUGCACCUUUGUAAAGGAUUUUGGUAAGAUAUAUAGUGAAGAAAUGCUAGUUUAUAAUGUACAUGGGCUGUCACACCUAGCUGAUGAUGUUGCACAUUUUGGACCACUUGAUAACUUCUCAGCCUUUCCCUUUGAAAAUUUCUUAGGAAAAUUUAAGUCUAUGAUUAGGAAGCCCAAUUCUCCAAUUCAGCAGAUAAUCAGGAGAUUAAAUGAAACACAGAAUUUUCAGCCAGUUACAGUAAAGAAAACUGAUACUGACAAACAAAAUGGCAUUCCAAAGUAUACGCAUGAAGAUGGACCAUUGCCAGAAAUCAUUGGUGACUUUUUUCAAUUCAAAAAGUUCACAUAUAGGAAUAUGAAAUUCACUGCAACUUGUGGAGAUAAUUGUGUGAAAGUUGGAUCAAAUGUAGGCUUGAUAAGGAACAUUUUGACUAGAAAACCAUGCAAUGAAACACUGGUUCUGUUUGAAGCUUUCAACAGUGUAACUAGCUUCUUUCAAAAUCCUCUUAGUUCAUCAGAUUUAGACAUAUACAAGGUGUCAAAACUAUCAGGAAAUUUUGAUAUUGCUCCAAUUUCAGAAAUACUGACAAAGUACGUAAUGCUGCCAUAUAAAAAGAAUAAAUUUGUGAUCAUUCCACUGAUUCAUCAGUAUAAUACACCAUAAUUAAAUGCUAAAAAAAAAGUGACUUCAUGCAUUUUGAUCUUAGUAUAGGUGCCAUGUUAUACAUCAAGAUGUUUGCAUUUAAUUAAAGAACAGUACAGUAAGCCAUCAAUGUUUCCUGAUUAGUUCAUUGGUAUGUUUUGGUUUAUUAGGCUAUCAGAGUAUUGUAUGCAUCAGCACAUACAUUGCUAGAGUUUAUAUAAUUAUGAGGUGCUGCAAGCUGAAGGGGAAGCAAGUGCCACCCCUGAUAAGAGUCAUAUUCUUGUGUAUAGCACUAUCUACUUACUAAACGUACAUUUUUCUCAACUCUUUACCUAAUUAACGGCUGAUAAGCAAAGUGCAUGAAGCAGGACCUAUAGUUAUCUUAUGUAUGGGAUUAUUCUUACAUAAUUGUUGAUGACAUUGUUGUAUGCAGUAAACUGGUUCCAGUAACUCUUUAAUGUGUUGGGGGAGCACAUCAAACUAGUUUCUGGUAAAGUUGCUUGCAUCCUUUCAAAUAUUUCAGAUAAAUCAUUGCCUAAAAUUUCAGGUGGUUUAAAGUCCACCAAUUUGUUGUAAGUAACUUAUCUCAUGAAGGCACAUUCUGCUUGCUGCUCAGUCUGAAAAUCUAAAGAAGUCUAAGACAUUCAUGUAAUGAUUGCAGUAUCAGAAUAUGCAUAUUUAAUAUAAUUUCAGGAAAUUAAUUUGUAUAUUUAAGUAGUAUGGUAUGUACCGGUAUAUACAGUACUCUGAGUCUACUGGUUUGUAGGUUUAGGUAAUUAAGAUUUUAUACAAUAUGUAAUAACAUUUAGUCAGUACAUCAUUAUUAUUAAAAAUUCUCAAAAUUUGUACAUAUUAUACUGUAGUCCAAAUACGUUCUGGCUUUGUGUUUUUAUUUGCAGCGGAUUGGUGAGAUGUUUUACGUGGUGGAAUUCAGUGAUACACAAGAUGUUGCCGUCAUUCCAUCAACAUGGUUAGAGGGCAGAGAUGAAGCAGUUUGGCCAAAUUACUUAUCCACAACUCGAAUAAACAAUGCAGUUGUAAGCAAAGAAUUACCUAAAUCUGAAUGGAAGAAAUAUUCCAUAAAGAUCAUGUACAUAUCAGAUUCUUACGAGAAGGCAAGAGGGAAACUGAAAGAAGCAGAGUAUCAUUCAGAUCUUCAGACUGAUCUACUUACUGAUUUUGAUGAUGAAGGUGUGGGGCCGUGUUAUUCAAAGAGAAAACGAAAG